AUGUUGACGUUGGUGGCUCAGUUGGCCAGUAAGGAACCACAUUACAUUCGCUGUAUCAAGCCGAAUGAGGAGAAGAGCAGUACCAUUUUUGACUUGGAGCGGGUGGAACAUCAGGUGCGCUAUCUGGGAUUGCUCGAAAAUGUACGCGUUCGACGAGCUGGUUUUGUCUAUCGGUGCGGCUACGAUCGUUUCAUCAAUAGGUACAAGUUGCUUUGUCCGGACACAUGGCCAAACCCCCGAGGUGGUACCCCGCGAGAUAAUUGUGCACGAAUUCUGAAGCACAUUGGCAUGCACGACGAUUGCGUUUAUGGAAAAACUAAGGUGUUCAUCCGAAGUCCACAAACGGUGUUCCGCCUCGAAGAACUACGAAGCGAGAAAUUACCAACAGUGGUCAUUUAUCUGCAGAAGGUUAGUCAUCGUCUGAUGCACUUCGAAAGAAUGUGA